AUGGGCCUCAGCUUAACCAAAUCAUUGUCGAUGACGGAACAAUCACCGAAACAACAACAACAACAACAACAACAACAACAACAACAACAACAACAACAACAACAACAACAACAACAACAACAACAACAACAACAACAACAACAACAACAACAACAACAACAACAACAACAACAACAAAGGAGGAGCGUCAGCGCCGGUUGGUUCCCCAGUGUGGCUCAAUAG